AUGGAAGUCGAGGAAGAAGGAGAGGCCGCAGCAGCAGAUCAAGUGCAGCCAGACGCACCUGUAGAUGCACCGCCUGUAAACAAGAACAAGCGAUAUCGUAAAGAGAAGCCAUGGGACACUGAUGACAUUGACAAAUGGGCCAUACAGCCUUGGAAACCCGAAGACAACACGGCUCCCUUCCUCGACGAGAGCUCAUUCGCUACAUUGUUUCCAAAGUACCGUGAAUCCUAUCUCAGAGAAAUAUGGGGCCAAGUCACCCAAGUCCUCGAAGCCGUCGGAAUCGCUUGUGUCCUGGACUUGAUUGAAGGCAGCAUGACUGUCAAAACUACAAGAAAGACAAGAGAUCCUUACAUCAUAUUCAAGGCUAGAGAUCUCAUCAAAGCUCUGGCUAGAAGUGUCCCCAUUCAACAGGCCGUACGAUCUCUAGAAGACGGCAUAGCUACAGACAUUAUCAAGAUUGGAAACAUUGUACGAAACAAGGAACGAUUCGUCAAAAGGAGGCAGAGGCUUAUUGGUCCCAAUGGAAACACCCUCAAGGCCAUUGAACUCUUAACAAACUGCUAUGUAUUGGUACAAGGCAAUACAGUUACGGCACUAGGUCCACAUAAAGGAUUGAAGGAGGUCCGGAGGGUUGCUAUGGACUGUAUGAAGAAUAUUCAUCCUAUCUAUCAUAUCAAGGAAAUGAUGAUCAAGCGAGAAUUAGCAAAAGAUGAAAAGCUCAAGAAUGAAAGCUGGGAUCGAUUCCUCCCACAUUUCAAGAAGAAGAAUAUCAAAUCAAAGCCGAAAGAAAUCAAGGAAAAGAAGAAGUAUACACCAUUCCCACCUGAACAGACUCCUAGAAAGCUCGCCCAGAUUGAUCUACAAAUCGGAAGUGGAGAGAUGGCUGCACAAGCAGCUCAAAUGACCAAAAAGAAAAAGAGGAGGUCGACUGAAGGUGGUGAUGAUGGUGGUGCAGAGAAACAGAACAAGAAGGUCAAUGUUGACACGUCAGCUGGUGAUAAUGAUGUUGUGAUGGAUGAUGCUAAACCUGUGACUGAGGGCAAGAAGAAGAAGAAGAAACGAUCCGCUGAUGCUGAUAAUGAGUAA